ACAUGUACAUAUGCAAGUACGACGAUAACUUAAAAUUCCAUCUCAUUUCGAAAUUAACCUUCGAAUCUAAGGCAGUAUCUAAGUUAAGUGACGCCUAUAAAUAUACAUAAUACAUCUAGGCUAAGAAAGAAUCUGGCUAUUUUCUAAGUAUAUAUUCAUACCUACACUCUUUAUAUAAUACACUCGCCCCCAAGCUCCGCUUACCCAGCUGAACAAGUUGGCGGGGAUAUACCCUUUCAAACUAAAACCCCCAACUUCAACAGCAAGCAUCGGCAUACUACCUACCAUGGGUGACACGAACGCACUUUUCUCAGCCUCGCUCAUCUCACCGGAUGUCAGCAAUUCAUUCCCGGACGGGUUCGUGAUCCGUCCAUUAGAGAGGGGGGAUUAUAGCAAAGGCUUCCUAGACUGCAUGAAAGUUCUGACAUACAUCGGGGACGUAACCGAAGCCGAGUUUCUCGAACGGUACGACGAGAUGGUGGAAGCCAAGGGUACAUAUUACUUCCUAGUGAUUGAACACCAAGGUCGCAUCGUCGGGACCGGUGCUUUGGUGGUAGAGAAGAAAUUCAUACACCAACGCGGCAAAGCCGGGCAUAUCGAAGAGAUCUCCAUAGCCAAGGAGCAUCAAAAGAAAGGGCUCGGUCUGAAGAUGAUCCAAGCCCUGGAUUCUGUGGCUGUCAAUUUGGGGUGUUACAAGAACAUCCUUAACUGUGGCGCGAAAAACGAGCCAUUUUAUAAGAAGUGUGGGUUCGGUCACACUGGCUUAGAGAUGUCGCAUUACUUUGAAGAGGAGCGUGAUGAAUAUCGUCGAGGUUGAGGGGCAUUUCUGGAUGUAGGAAGGCCAGAAGACGAGUAAUCAAGACCUCUUGAUUGUACCUAGGAAGAAACUCUCCAAUGGAGGACGAUUGGUUUAGGGCUGGGCAGGUGAAAGGCUUGCAUGAAGUCAUAGGGGGUCGAAAGGCGGUUUUCUAGUUCGGUUUGCUACUUCUGAAAUGCACUAUUGUCUGUCGUAGCCGUGCUAGUCCCACGGACUUGUCCGAAGCUGUUGCAGGUUGUGGCUGUGUC